UCAUAUUUAGAUUUAAGAAACAUUAAGCAAUUUGUUUAUUUGUUUUCUUCCCAUAGACUGAAUGCGCCGCACAACGAGACGGUAACAAGCUUCCUCAUCAAAGAAAUCGCUGGCACUUCAGAGUACACUCCAAACGCGAUCCGAGCUGCCUGUGUUUCAUAUUAUGAGACAGUUCGUCGGCGGUAUUUGCUGAGCCGUCCAGAAAAUGCACAGAAGUCUGCAAAACAGAAGAGAGAGAAGUGUCUGCGUUCGCGAAGAGGAAGGUUGCUGGACGCAAGAGCAGGUGUCAUCAGGACAGAGGAGGAGAAGGCGUUGUGGACUGGGGUGGCUGCUGACUUCAUGUCAGACGAGGAAGACGCCGAGGUCGACGGCAUCGCUGUGUGGCUCGUGAAACCGCCAUCAUUCCGUGCCCCAGCGUUAACGGACUUAUGUAACGCCUUGCAGACCAGACUAGAUGAAGACCCCAAGUACCGGGCCUCGCACACCCCCAGAAGAAAGGAGGAAGGAGUUUUCAGCACGAGAGAUCCUCCGACCAAGUACGACCCUGAAAAGGCCAGCCGACACCUUGCGGGUGCACCGCCAGCCGACGCCCGUCCUCCCCGGCGCCGUACCAGCACGCCGAUGUCAGACAUCACAAACUGCAACCCUACGACCACGCCCGCACCACCCAGCCGACCCAACCCAGCCACAAGCGUGCGCAGCCUGUCAUUCCAAGACAGUAUGGCCAUGGAGGGGUUCAACGAAGCUCGCGAAGUUCAACAGAACGAACUUGAUAGUUUUGACAUGUUUGAGGAUAGCAUGUUGACUGAACUCUAGAACUGUAGUGACAUGAAGAAAUUGUGACGUGAAGAAAAUAUGAUAAUGUCUGUACAAGAAUGUUUCGUUUGCAAACUUGAUUUUUCUGUUUUGAAUCCAUUUUUUUUAUCCAACAGUCUUCACCUGUAAGUUACAGUCAGUCAGAUCAAACAGACCUAGAGUAAAUCAUAGCUUUUGUCCAUAAAGAUAGACAAUGAGAUUAUUGCUAAAAUGUUCCAAACCUUGGCUAUUGUUAUACAAGGUGAGCUGUUUGUUUAGUAAGCGAGAUUCACACCUUCACAAAACCGGACCUUUCAAACAAAAGACCUACAUAGACAUGUGUAACAGAUGUCAUGUCUGCUUUCUAUGCAAAUGACAACGAUUGUACUCUCUGUUUCCUUUAGGUAAACAGAAUACCCUUUUCUUCGACUGUUUUUAUAAGACAGUUUUUCUGUUGUUGUUUUUUUAAAUAUAUUGAAUGAAGACCUUUAUUGUACAGUUUGCCCAACAAGUCAAAACAUAUAUACAUAUAAAAGUA